UUAAUGAUAGGCACAAUCUUGUAGCAACCAGGACAUUUGCGGAUAGAACGCAUGAGAGGUGCUUAAAAAUGUCGUACCACUUGCGGUUUGGUUAUCCUAUGCAAAAUGAGUUAUCCCAGGUCGCUUUAUAUUUUCAAUGCUGUACGUUUUAGCAUUUUUUCUAUCUUAUUUGUCAAUUAAACCUUACUUGCAUCAAAUACGAUUUAUAGUGCAAAUAACUAUUCCGUAUAUCUGUAUAUUCCUAGCAAAAUGGUUAAAUGAUAUGGCAACCAAUACCAUUGAACAAAUAAAAAUUGAACGUUUUGGUUAUUUUUUACUUAUGACACUGGUUGUUUUGAUAUUUGCUAUUGUGGUUUGUAUAUCGUCAAAGAAAAAAAAAAGAUGGUCAUCUGAAAACAAAAGCGAAGAUCAAACGGAGAUUGGAGAGAAAAAAAAUCCUAUAUAUGAUAAAGUUAAUCAAGCAAGUGAAUUUGAAAAUGUUGUUUUGAAAAAUGAUUUUGAAAUUGUCACAGAGUCUUAUGUUCAUAGUGAAAUCAACUCUAAUUACAAAUCAGAAUCAAUUGAGGCUUUAGAAACUAGCUGUAGUGGAAAUAACAUGUACACAACAAUUAAAAAUGUUCCACAAAAAGUUGAAAUAGCAUAUGCAGUAGUUCCACUUCAUGAACUAGCUGAAAAAUACUGUGUGAUUAAUGGAGAUAUUGUACGCAAAAAUGACGACUCACGAUUAAAUAAAAAUAGUAAUCAAAUUUAUGUACCAAAAGUUUAUGAACAGGUUACUGUUCCUGUGCAGGAAACUAUUAUUGAAAAUUCAGGAAAUUCUAGCUAUUAUGCUUCUGUCAGUGAAAAGCCUAAAACAGAAAUAAAAAAUGAAGUACAAGAGAACUCUGCUGGGAGCUCACUGUAUGCAUCAUGUGGUCCGGUUUUACUUACUGGAAAUACUCCAAGUUUAGACAAUUUAAUGAACUUGAAUAAAAAAGAAGAUGUUUUGCAUAGGUUUAGUUUGCCCAAUAACCACCAUAACAACCAUCUACCACCCAUUGAUAUCCAAACAACAUAUAAUAAAAAUCAAAAGAAGUCAAAGAAUAAAGAGUUGAAUAGUCCACCAAAAGACCAAAAAGUUAUUCACUCUCCAAAGGAACCACGAUUGUCUCGAGUUUUCAGGCUGAGUAAAAAAUCUCAUAGCUCUGUUGAGGAAAGCGUUAGCAACCAGCCCCACCAUGAAGUUAAAGUACAAAGACAUUCUGGUGAACUUGCUAGUGAAAUUUCACAAUAUAGUGAAAAAAUGCAUGACUUUUCAGUUCAUCAAAAUCAGGAUCAUAGUUUGCCCCCUCCUCUUCCGUCGGUGGACAGAUUAAAGCACAUCACUGAGAAAAAAAUAAGAGCAAAAUCCAAGUCAAACAGCAUAUCCUCCGCAAUAGAUUUAUCUCCAAAGCUUCAAAAGCAUAUUGCUAAUAAUGACAUACAGGAAGAUGAUAAGUACUCUAAAGUUGAUGAAAAGAUGAUCUCCUUAGUAAAGAGGGAUAUCAGUUUUGAGAUAUCUUCUACUGAAAAAAAUCAAACCACUGAAAAUAUCAUAACCCUAAUGAAGAAGGAUAUUAAUUUUGAGAUAUCUUCUACUGAAACAAAUCAUACCACUGAAAACUCAGGCCAAAUAAAAAACACAGAAGAUCAUAUGCAAUGUCCAGACUCUUGUCAGGUUUCUAAUGGUCAUAUCUCAGAAUCACUUUCAACUAAUUGUUUGUUGAAUAACUCAGAUAAAGAUAUUAUAAAAAGGGAUGUUGAAGAAAGUUUAAAGUUGAAAAAGGAUAUUGCAUUAUUAUAUGCAGUUGUAGACAAGUCUAAAAAAAAAGAUAGAACUAAAGAAUUUAAUGCAUUAGAUUCUAAAGAAACGCAAUCUACAUCUUUAGAUAUUAAAAAUGGAAUUUGUUCUAAUGAGAGUUCUCACAGUGACUUUAAUAAAGACUCAAGUUUAGAUUCUCCUUAUAUUUUAUGUUCUGACACAGUAGCUCUAUUCCCCUCUGAAUUUUCAGAUCCCAAAUUGAUUGAAGAAAGCCUUAUAUAUUGAAAGAUUAUUUGUCAACUUUAUGAAUUAAUAAUGAAAACUUUGUUAGUUAAAUAACUAGAUUGCGAAUCAUUUGCUGAUAUAAAUAAAUCCUUUUUUUUUUUUUUUUUUUAAAUUGAAAACUAGAUUUAAUAUCUUUUUCAAAACAUUUUUUAUUCUGGAAUAUACUUCACAAUCUUCCAAUAACCUUAAUUUGUACAAAAGCAAACUUAUGUAAUAAAUGUUGUUUUUAAAAGUGUGUGAUGUCACAGUUUUAUUUGCUAAAUGCCUAAUUAUACGAUUCAAAGUAUAUUUAUUUUGGAAUAUAUUGUAAAUUAUUUUUUUAUAAAGAAUAGAGUUAUAUUUUUUUAA